AUGAGGUCUUUAAAUACUUCCAGAGGUACCAGCAGCGCCAAACGGACCUGGCAGCAGGUGAAGAUGAAGUACAAAAACAUCAUUCAGAAUGCCAACAAGAAGAAGGUAGAAAUAAGGCGCACAGGAGGAGGGAGGGCACCAGACUCCUUUACUCUUGCUGAAGAGUUGGCCCUAGCCAACAACAGUGGCAGGGUGAUGAUGGAUGGGGUGGCAGGGGUACAGUCUAACCCUGGGGCAGCUGAAAUGUCCACCCUCUAUGUGCAAGUCGAGGGUGGAAACAUCACAACCCUGCAGCCACCAGGAUGCAUUCAUCCUCUGACACAGGAUGAUGAUGAUGAUGAUGAUGAUGAUGACGAGACCCUCACAGCCCCCUCCGACACACACAUGCAGGAGGACUUGGAGGAGCUUUCCCCUCCUGAAGCCUCCCUCCCAGGGACCUCACAGUCAGACAAAGCCACAGUGGACAAUGUCCGCAGUUUAUACAAGAAAGUGCUGGAGCUAGACCGCACAAAGAAGAGGCUGGAGAUCAGAAAGCUGGAAUUAGAAAUUGAAAAGCUGGAACAUGAGAAGAAGGUAUUGUCUUAUCACUCCAUUAAUAUAUAGGCUACCCACACCCUAUAUGUGUGUCAUUGAUCUGGCUUUUCGUCACCUUUUCUUCUUGCAGGAAAGAGAGUCAUCUAAUAAAUGAAUAAUAUCAGA